CAUCAACGUACUGUGAGUGUCGGACGAGCUGCGAUGUAAUGUUUUACUUUAGACUCUAAUUCAGUCACCGACGAAUUUUAUUGAAGCGAUUAACUGCAAACCAAAAAGGCUGUUAUUUUCACACUGAGUCUGAGCCAUGGCGAGAGAGCGGGUCCAGAGGAAGUCAUUCCAGCAGAGUCUGGAGGACAUAAAGGAGAAGAUGAAGGAGAAGAGGAACAGUCGGUUAGCUAGUGCUUCAGCCCCAAACAGAGGAAACAGAGGACGGUCCAGGAUGAUCAACAAAAGCAGCGACACAAGCAACAGAAACACCAUCCUGAAGGGUGUCCAACUAAAAAACAAGGCCUUGGCUGUGGCGCUGCAAGCUGAAAAGGAGAAAGUGAGGCAAGCUAAUGGAGUGAUCCUGCAGCUGAAGAGGGAGCAGCACGCCCUAUUCCUUCACCUGAUUCUGCUCAAGAGGAAGCUCAAAGAGCAGGUGGCUCUGGUGGACAGUGCUUCAGAGAAACCCACAAACAGGAUUCCCCAGACUCAAGAUGAUGAAGAUUUAUCAAGAAGGAGCCAAAAUGUAGGGGACCCUACUGUACCAGAAGCCUCACCAGCUUGUUCAGACCUUCAUUCCUCAGAAAAAUGUGAACCUCCCGAAUGUGACAACCUUGUUAUGUUACCAUCUACAGUGGGUGUGAGGCGUCGUCGCACAGAUCGAAGCAGCAGGAGUAAGAGGAGGUCUGAGCGUGUGCAAGAACAGAAGGCAGUAAGAGACGAAGAUCCUGGUGUAUCCUUGGAGACUUUAAUAGCAAGUCCUAUUUGCAGUGAUGAAAGAAACCAGAAUCAAAUGCAUCAGGAGGUGGAACCAGAGAUAAUACAUCCUGUUGAUGCUGAGCAGUUUCAGCACUCUACCCCUGAACUGAUCCCAGCCAAAAAACGCAACCAACAGCAACCUUCUAAGAAACAACCUCAGCAAGAGCCCCGCACCAAACCGGAACCAGCUCAGCAGCGGAAACCCGAUAGAGGCCGCAAAGCAGAGCGUGCACCAUUAAAGAAACCUUGGGAUAAUCCUAAACCAAGAACGCGGUCCAAGAGUCGUGACCGCUCAGCCACACGGGCCAAAGCAGCACCUCCACAGCAGGGCAACAAGCUCAACACAUCACUGGGAUUUAAUGACACUUUUGACUUUGACUGUGAGGAGGCGGUCCACAUCACACCGUUCAAGGCCAAAGCUGAGGAGCGUCAGCCAGCCACACCCAUCAGUGAAGAGAUGCCACAGACAGGACCGUCCCAAUCGGAGGUAUCACCUGCUGAUUCCGAAAAGAGAGAAUCCAGCUCAUCGUCUCCAUCUUCUGAAUCAGAGGACAGUCUUUAUGUCCCACAGAAGACCAAGAAAAGACACACUUCACCUGAGAGGACCAAAGUGAUCACCACUCGCAGAGGAAGACUCUCUAAAAGAGUCAGUCAGAAAGAAAACGUCCCCCCUAAACAGGAGAUCGCUGUCUUUAGGGAUGAGGAAUUGAGCCCUGAAGCUGAAAAGCCUCAAAAGGAACAAUCUGAUCAAUGGCAGUCUCCAAACUUAACCUUUAACAGCCCAGACCUGCCCAGACUGGGGCAAGAAAAUCCAUCUGAUUCGGUCAAGUGUCGCAAAGUGGACGUGAGGGAGGGGCAGGAUGAGGACUGCCUGCCUUCUGUCAGCCCUCUGGUUGAGGCUGAGAUGAUGAGAAUAGACACUGUCUUGUCCAAUUUUGGAGAUUCCACCUGUGAACCUUCACCUCUUCUGCUCAACCAGACGCCCCAGAGAGCGAAGCCAUGCAAGAAACGUGCUCUUGGUGUGAGGACAGCGGGGCGUGGCUUGAGUCUGUGUGAUGUGACCAAUCUGUCCCCCGCAGCCUAUCGAAAGUUCUCCUGUGGUGGGUCCCGGCCCUCUGAUGCCCGGUGCUCCACGCCGGUUCCGUCCCGAAAACGGCGGUGCACCAUGGUUGUGGACUACAAGGAGCCGUCGCUGAGCGCGAAACUUCGACGGGGAGAUAAGUUCACAGAUUUGCAGUUCCUCCGCUCUCCCAUUUUCAAGCAGAAGUCCGGCCGGAGGUCAGUGCAGCGAUCAAGGAACUCCAUGAAUGGACAACAACCGUUUGAGAAAUACAACGAAUCAUUUGUCGGGUGUCUCUGAAAGCAGCUACUUUGUCUUGUUCUACCUGGUCAGUUUUAUUGUGAUUUUAUUGAGAUUUGACUGAUUUUGAUUUUUUUUUUUUCUCAUGGUUGUAUUUUUUAUAUGAUAAAGAGUUAAUGAGAUAAUUAUUGUGAGGUAAACAUUUGUUCAUUGCUUAUCUUAGAUUUUAGUUGCUUCCUCUUCAUCUCUAGCUGAGUGUGUCAUCAGUAUAUCACUUAAUUCUGAGUGAUCUUAUUAUAAGGUCCAAGUUUUUGGUAUAUAUGUCAUGUAAUAAAUUCUGAAGCAUCACAAGCAUGUUUUACCACUUUCCUGUAACAGAAUGGCAAUAAAUUAUUUACCCUUAGGUCCAUUUUUACUAAGAUUUCCAUGGUCAUGAGAAACUGGGAAACCAUCCUUUCAGUCUCGAAUAGUCAUGAAAAGGAGGAAAGUUGUUACAAAGUUUUGUAAAAGCCACAGAAUUUAAUUUUUUAAUCUUGUCAGUUUCUCACCUUUCACAAAAAUGAGCUUCUUUGAGAUCAACAUGUUCAAGACCCUAAAUUUCUAAGACUCGGGAGAACUCAGAUCUGUAUGAGUGACAAAAGUAAAAUGACAACAUCUGUCACAUGAGUAGAACAAGAGGCUAAGAGUCAAAUUAAGGGGGCAGUCAGAGGUCUGGGGUUCCUCCCAUAGGAAAUGUGGAACAUUCAACAGCUCAUUCGCUCACCUCAUUCAUUCACGCUGGUGAAUUCAAGUGCACCAGUUUGUGUCUUUUCUGCAUCAGUAUAGAGUGGAAAUGUCUAAACCUUUAUUUACACUGGAGAAAUCACUCAGAGAUAACCCUUGGUUGCAGUGAUAGAGUUAAACUGAAAACAAAGUACAGAAGUAUUACAAAUUUGACAAAAAUUUGGAUAUGUACAUAUUUGCAACAUAAAAUACAUUUAGAUUAAAAUAAAACAGAAAUAUAAAAUGUAUGUACACAAAAAGUUUUCUGAUAAGCGGAGGAAAACACAAAUUGGUAAUAUAAAUAGGCUUUUGGGCAUUCUGUACAGCUUUUCCUCAUCUUAAAGACCUUCACACAUAUCUUAAAUGUCUUGUUUCUGGAAGUAACAUCUUUUAAAAUGACUUGGACAAAUAUGAAUUGUGUUUCAGUCAGGUUGAUCAAACCCAACAAAAUAAAAGUCCUUUUACUUAGCAAUUAAAACAUCUGUCAUGUUUUUUAACUGGGUGUGGUAGUAUUAAGGCCACAUGAGGAUAAAAACAUCUGAUAUUUCCAGAGUAUUGAGGAAAAAAGUCUGGUUAAAACUCCAAAUAUGGAAGCUUUAACAUUUCAAGAAAAUUUGUAAUUAUAGAGUGGACAAA